UGCUGCUUCUUCUUCCAAGCCGGGCGAGGGGGGCGUCGGAGCAGCCGCCAGAGGAGAUGUUGCCUCCACCGCCGCCGCCUCCCCUCAGCUCCCGGCACUCGUGCGCGGCUUCCAGAUAAAAGGGCAUUCCCCACCACCACGCGCGUUCCCGGCACAGGAUCGUCUCCCCGGCUGAUAAAAUGCACGUGUCAUUAGCUGAAGCCCUGGAAGUUCGGGGUGGACCACUACAAGAAGAAGAAAUAUGGGCUGUGCUGAAUCAAAGUGCUGAAAGCCUUCACGAGUUACUCCGAAAAGCUGAUCCAACUGCUUUGGGCUUUCUCAUAUCUCCCUGGUCUCUUCUGCUGCUUCCAUCCGGCAGCGUAUCGUUUACGGAUAAAAAUGUUUCUAAUCAAGAUCUGCAAGCCUUCAUGGAACCAGGAGCUCUCCAAAAUCAGUCCCUGUCAUCUGUUUCUGAUGUUGAAAAGGUCCACAUUUAUUCUCUUGGAAUGACCCUUUAUUGGGGAGCUGACUAUGAUGUUCCAGAAAGCCAGCCAAUCAAACUUGGAGAUCAUCUGAACAGCAUUCUCCUUGGCAUGUGUGAAGAUAUUGUUUAUGCCCGUGUGUCUGUACGGACUGUUCUCGAUGCCUGCAGCGCUCACAUACGGAACAGCAACUGUGCGCCUUCUUUCUCAUAUGUAAAACAGUUAGUCAAACUGGUUCUGGGGAGUUUGCCUGGGGUAGACCAGCUUUCUUGCACAGGAGAGAAAAAACUUCACACAGACAGGAGCCAGGCCAUUCGAGAGAGGCUGAGAGGAAAACGACUUCCCAUAGGAAGAAUGACUGAUGCAGCAGUUGAUUACCCGGCCCCAUAUUCUCAACAAAUCGUGCUUAACAAAGGACUUAGUAAAUCAUUGGAGUUCUUGUCAACCAGGGACUCACGUGGUGAAAAGGAAUUUUCUCAAAAUAUUGCCUCUGAUUACAAUUCUGGCCAUGAAGACAGUACAGGUAGUUGCUGUCCUUAUCAAUUCAGAGCUUCCAACCUGGAAAAGAAAGCCAACAGUGAUCCCAAACGCAAAGUAUGGGCUUCUUCCUCUGAUUUGUUGUGCGCAACUCACAAAGUCACAGAGGGGGACUAUGUCGCACAUUCUCUUAAGCACCAUCGUCAAGACGGAACCAUGCCAGGGCGGACUUCAGGAGCUCCCAUAAACAAAGAAGGCAGAUAUUCUGAUGGGAGCAUAGCCCUUGAUAUAUUUGGCCCUCAAAAACUUGACCAAGUGCUUCAUGUAUCAGAGACCUCAACAUCGGCAGCCUUAUUAUGUGCCUUUGACAGGAUCAAAGAGAAGCAGAAGAAAUUGCAGUUGCUGAGAGAAGCCAUGAACGUAGAAGAGCACGUACGAAAAUAUAAAUCUUACCAUAGUGAUGUAUGCAGCACUGACAGUGAGGGCCAAUCAUUCAUUUCUUCCGAGACAGAUUUUAGACAAGUGCCAGUGAGGAGGUAUGAAGCUCUGAAAGAUGAAUCCAGUGGUUCUUCCUUAAGAAUAGAUGACACCUCUUCGUCAGGUCAAAAAGCAGGACAAAGAUCAAGGCAGUAUGAAGCAACUCCUGAAGACAACCUGUUGAGCCAAGAAGUAAUGUUGAAGCGCCAGGAGGAGGAAAUGAUGCAACUGCAAGCUAAAAUGGCGCUCCGGCAGUCUCGGCUCAGCCUCUAUCCUGGAGAUCUAGUGAGACCAGCCGUGCUUGAUAUGACAAAGGAUCCACUUAGAGAAAUUGCUUUGGAAUCAGCCAUGACGCAAAGGAAGCUAAGGAAUUUCUUUGGUCCUGAGUUCGUAAAAACUACCAUUGAACCCUUUACCUCCUUGGACCUGCCAAAAUCAAUUUUGAACAAGAAAGGGAAGAAUGAAGACAAUCGCCGGAAAGUCAACAUCAUGCUUUUAAGUGGCCAAAGACUAGAACUGACUUGUGAUACUAAGACCUUAUGCAAAGAUGUAUUUGAUAUGGUUGUCGCCCAUAUUGGUUUAAUGGAGCAUCACUUGUUUGGAUUAGCUUCUUUAAAAGAAAAUGAGUACUUCUUCAUCGAUCCAGAGCUGAAGCUCACUAAAGUAGCCCCUGAUGGCUGGAAAGAAGAAUCCAAGAAAAGGAACAAAAACACAGUAAACUUCAUCUUGUACUUCCGGAUUAAGUUCUUUGUGGAUGACAUUAGUCUGAUUCAGCACACCUUGACGUAUCAUCAGUACUACCUGCAGUUAAGGAAAGAUCUUCUAGAAGAGAAGAUACACUGUGAUGAUGAAACAGCCUUAUUGCUGGCCUCCUUGGCCCUCCAGGCAGAAUAUGGAGAUUACCAAGAUGAAGUACAUGGCUUAUCCUACUUCAGAACAGAACACUAUUUGCCAGCAAGAGUGAUAGAGAAUCUGGAGCUACCUAAUGUGAAAGAAGAAUUGCCAAAGCUGCAUAACACCUAUGCAGGUGCUUCUGAAAACGAAGCUGAAAUAGAAUUUCUAAAGAUUUGCCAAAGACUGACCGAUUAUGGUGUACAUUUUCAUCGUGUGCUGCCGGAGAAAAAAUCUCAGACUGGAAUUCUGCUAGGAGUUUGCUCCAAAGGAGUUCUUAUUUUUGAAGUUCACAACGGUACCCGAAUGCCUGUCCUUCGUUUCCCGUGGAGAGAAACAAAGAAAAUUUCCUUCAGUAAAAGAAAGAUAACGCUGCAGAACACAUUUGAUGGUAUAAAGCACACGUUCCAGACAGAUACAACCAAGACCUGCCAAUACUUGUUACAGCUCUGCUCUGCUCAGCACAAAUUCCAACUCCAGAUGAAAGCCAGGCAAAGCAACCAGGAUGCUCAGGAAAUCGAAAGAGCUUCCCUUCGGAGUCUCAGCCUCCAUCCAGACUCCGUGAAAGGAUUUAACAUGGGACGUGCCAUCAGUACCAACAGCCUGGCCAGCAGCACGUUAAACAGGCUUGCCGUCCGGCCGUCAACAGUACAAGCGGAGAUUCUCAAAAGACUCUCCUAUUCGGAAUUGUCCCUUUUCCAGCCUGCCCAAGGCUAUUCCCGAGACAAAAACGAGAAGACGUCGUGGGAGGAAAGGCCCAAAAUUAUGAGCAAAUCUUUCCAUGACUUGACCCAGAGUCAGGUGUUGGUCAGCCCCCUUCGGAAAAAUUUUGUCACCCCUGGGAAUUCCUCAUCACGCAAAAUGGAGGAAUUGAUGGAGAAGAUCUUUCAAGCCGCGCCAAAAUCUGAUCCCGAAUCAGUGGUUGGAGGAGCAAAACUCAACAAUUCACAUUCCCAUGCAGGUUUAAAUGCCAGUCUAGAAAGAAAGAAAAAUGAAUUUGACUCUUCAUCCGCAGAAGAUGCAGGCCAAGCCUUUGUAAUAGGUCAGCAUUGUUUCCUUGAGUCCAAUGAUGGUCUCCAAACAGAGAAGAAUAUACCGGUAGUGUCUUUACCAGAAAGGGAGAUCAACUUGAUCAAUUUGAAAAAAGAUGAAAAAUAUGGCUUAGGAUUUGAGAUAACUGGUGGGGAGAAGACUGGAAAAUUUGAUCUUGGGAUUUUUAUCCAUUCAGUCACCCCUGGAGGACCAGCUGAUUUGCAAGGAUCUUUAAAACCAGGAGAUCGUCUGAUUUCAGUAAACAAUGUGAGUUUGGAAGGGGUCAGCCAUCCUGCAGCUUUAGAAAUUAUUGAGCGUGCUCCAGAAAAUGUGACCCUAGUCGUUUCUCAACCUAAGGAUGGAUCGAUUAAAGGGACAUCCAGUCUCCAAAGAAAGGGAUAUUUUAAAAACUCUUCCUUGAUGGCAGACCAUGAGGCCGAGUCCUCUUCAGAGGAGCAGAACUGGCCAGUGAGUCACUGGAGACCCAACUCUGGAAGUUUAUCCGGUAUUUGCUCGAGCAAAUGGGGUGGAAGUCUCAGCUCCCAAGACUCCAGGACCGAGAGUGCUAGCCUGUCCCAGAGCCAAACCAACCACAGCUGUGGCCAUCAUAUCAAUGACCAGCAGGAUUUGCAACGUUGCAGUAAUCCUCUCCUGGGCCCUCCCAAAUGCAGUGAGAGGAAUGGAUCUUCUUCAGAGACCAACCUGAUCAAAACCAAACUGACUGGCAUGGCAGAGACCCCUGACUAUUCUGACCGAGGGGAUUCCGACAUGGAUGAAGCCACUUACUCCAGCAGCCAAGAGCAAACUGCAUUGAAAAAGGAAACUUCCUUGAUGAAUUUCUUCAGCUCCGUGAAUUCUAAAAUGCCUCUUAAACCUGGAGAUAUCUUUGAAGUCAAACUGGUCAAAAAUGAGAACGGCUUGGGCAUAAGUGUUACGGUACUGUUUGACAAGGGUGGCGUGAACACCAGUGUGAAGUAUGGAGGACUUUAUGUGAAGGCAAUCAUUCCUAAGGGAGCAGCUGAAGCUGAUGGUAGGAUUCAGAAAGGUGACCGAGUGCUUUCUGUUAAUGGGAUCACAUUGGAAGGAGCAACACAUAAACAGGCUGUGGAAGUCAUGAGAAACACUGGCCAGGAGGUCCAUCUAAUACUAGAAAAGGGCCAACUUCCAGUAGCCAGAGUCCAUCCUCCCACAACAUCACAGUGUACACCUACAAACAAACCCAGUCAUAGUGCACUCUUGGAGAAACCCGUGAAGAAGACGUCAAGUGCCAGAGAAUACAACUUUGUCACUGAUGACAAUGCAUUUGAAGUGAAACUUGUGAAAAACAGUUCUGGCCUGGGCUUCAGUUUCUGCCGUGAAGAUAGCGUCUCCCCAGAGCAGCCGGGUUCCAGUAUAGUCAGGGUGAAAAAACUCUUUCCGGGACAACCAGCUGCAGAGAGUGGGCAGAUUGAGGUCGGAGAUGUCAUCCUGAAAGUCAACGGUUCUUCUCUAAAAGGAUUAUCUCAGCAGGAAGUCAUCUCAGCUCUCAGGGGAACAUCUCCUGAAGUCACCCUUCUCCUCUGCAGACCGCUUCCUGGAAUAUUACCAGAGAUUGAUCCUACGCUAUUGACCCCCAUCCAUUCCCCACCACAAAUAUUCCCCAAAGCGGGCAAAGAAAAUCUACCGCCCCCUAAUGGAGAGCAAGAAGAAAGCUCUGAUGAAAACGAAGCCAUUGACCAGAGCAAGAAAAUCCGGUCCCCUUCUCGGAGAGACAGCUACAGUGACAGCAGUGGGAGUGGCGGGGAGGAAAUCGCCACAAAUCCAGCCAGCCCAAAGUGGAAUUCUGCUUUGUAUCAAACCCCAAGCCAAUACGCAACUGAAGCACCUAGUCCUUAUGAGACAUCCAGCAAGCAAAAGGAAGCGAUCCACGCAGCGUUUUGCUCUCCUCAUGAGUCAUCUAGGAAGCAAGAAAUGGAGAACAGCAAUCCUCCAUCACCUCUGUUAAUGGAAUUGUCACCCAUAGCAAACCAAAGAACCAUCACACUUAAUUUUACAGAAGAAAAGUUCAACUCUUCUAUCUCCGACUUCGCAUCUCCACAAGGCAGAUUGGCACCUCUGUUCAAUCAGCUUGAAAAACAUGCAGAUGAAUACGAACCAGAAGUGGAACUCCAUGUAGUUCUAACUAAAUCCGAGAAAGGUAGCCUUGGCUUCACCGUGACAAAAGGCAGUGAUAAUACCGGCUGUUAUAUCCAUGACGUAGUACAAGAUCCUGCCAAAAGCGAUGGGCGGUUGCGACCUGGAGAUCGUCUAAUCAAAGUUAAUGAGAUAGACGUUACUAACAUGAGCCACACAGAUGCAGUCAGUUUUCUCCGAGCUGCUCCAAAGAUGGUCAUGCUGGUGCUUGGACGUGUUCUGGAACAACCUAAGAUCCCUAUAUUUCCUCAUCUGUUGCCUGACAUUAGCCUUACCUGCUCUGAAGAAGAAUUAGGUAUUUCCCUUGCUGGUGGUCAUGAUAGUCUUUAUCAAGUAUUAUAUGUUAGUGAUAUCAGUCCCAAAUCUGCCGCAGCCAUAGAGGGAACACUUCAUAUUCUGGAUAUCAUCCAUUAUAUUAAUGGGAUCAGCAGUCAGGGAAUGACCUUGAAAGAAGCCAAGAGGGCGUUGGAAAUAGCUCUUCCGAAUGUCAUCCUGAAAGCAACAAGAGAUGGCCACCCAGUAUUCCCAAAAGCUAAAGAACAUGAAUUCGUUGGUCUGAAGUCCAUCAAACAGAAUGGCUAUUUUCAGGGAGAACUUUGUAGCAAAACAGAAAAGGGACCUGAUAAUUGCAAAAUUAAUGGUGAAACAAGUAGCAGUCUUCAGCUGAAAAGCCUAACCCAGGAUCUCAUCUCUAAAGAAAUGCCUCCAAGUGAUACCAUUUUUCAGGCCUCAGAUUUUCCCAACUAUAACAACAACAAAGCAGAAGUCCAAGAUGAAGAUUCUUAUGAUGAGGAUGAUCACAAUCAAGUUAUUCAGUACCUUUUAGAUGUUGUCGACGAAGAAGCUCAGAAUCUGCUAAAUCGUAAUAAUUCUGCAUCUGAGAACCAUCAUGCAGAGACAAAUGGGAAACUUUUGGUAGAAAAAUCGGAGGACACAGACUAUGAUGGGUCAUCUUUGCCUGAAGAUUUUUCAGAGCAGACCCAAAUAAAUGGCUGUGAAGAACAUUGCAAUGGCAACAGGAUGUGUGAACGAUUACCUCAGCAACCUUUGAUAACUCAGGAAGAUGAUGAUGAUGUUACUUGGGGAAGUGAGGAGUUGCCCAUUGAAUCAAUAAACCAGCCACAGUCUGUUAAAGACUGCCCAUUAAUCACCAAUGAAGAACUUGCUGCUCUUCCAGUAGUCCAAAUUUUUCCUUCAGGCAACUACACAGGAACCAAAUUAAAAUCAACUACUCAGAAGUUACGAGGCGUGCUGGAACAAGGGGUCCCAUCUAAGGAGAUUGAGAGUCUUCAUGAUUUAAAGCCACUGGAUCAAUGUUUGGUUGGCCAAACGAAGGAAAACAGAAAGAAGAAUAGAUAUAAGAACAUUCUGCCUUAUGACACCACAAGGGUGCUUCUUGGACCCGAAGGCGGCUAUAUCAAUGCCAGUUUUAUCCGGAUGCUGGUGGGGACAAAGGAAUAUCUUUACAUAGCAUGCCAAGGACCCCUCCCUAAUACAGUGGCUGACUUCUGGCAAAUGGCUUGGGAACAGAAAUGCACUCUUAUAGCCAUGAUGACCCAGGAAGUAGAAGGAGAAAAGGUCAAAUGUCAGCGGUACUGGCCCAACGCUCUUGGCAAAACCACAAUGGUCAGCGAUAAACUCCGUCUUUCUCUGGUGCGGCUGCAGGAACUCAAAGGUUUCAUCAUUAGAAUCAUGGAACUCGAGGACAUUCAAACAGGUGAAAUCCGGCAUAUUUCCCAUUUAAACUUUACUGCUUGGCCAGAUCAUGACACACCAUCUCAACCAGAUGAUUUGAUAACUUUCAUCUCCUACAUGAGGCACAUCCACAAAUCAGGACCCAUCAUUACUCACUGCAGUGCAGGCAUUGGGCGAUCAGGGACGCUUAUUUGCCUUGACGUAGUCCUGGGUUUAAUCAGCCAAGACCUCGAGUUUGAUAUCUCCGAAGUGGUGCGGCUGAUGCGUUUACAAAGGCAUGGCAUGAUACAAACUGAGGACCAAUACAUUUUCUGCUAUCAAGUUAUCUUGUACGUCCUAAGACGUCUUCAAGCAGAAGAACAGCAAAGAAACAGCUGAAAUAUUGUGCCAAAAAUAUGCCCUUGGAUACUUUGGAUGUAUUCACAUUAAAGAUUGAAGCUGGUUUAACAUUUGUACCAUUUCCAUGAAAGAUGUAGAUCAACGAAAGAAAAAAAGAAUUGUGAUUGACAAAUGCUUGCACACACUUUCUUCAAACUGCAGUUCCCAAGAUUCUUUGCGAGUGGACUAUAAGCAGCUUUUGCCAACAUUAUUCCAGUUCCAGUCUCAAUUAAGCAUCAGGUACCCCUAGGAAUGCUCCUUCCUUUGCAUAGGUGUGGGCACUUAAGCAUCAUUUAUAUACAUUUAUAUUUAAUUGUGCUGCAUUUUUGCAGCUUUUUCAAAUCAUUGAAAGUAAUUGACAUGUUAAAAACAUUUUUUAACAUAUACUCAUGCUUCUUGCAGAUUAUUUUCCAGUUACUUAUAUAAUGUGGAAGCUAUUUUUGGGGAGGGGAAUAAAACAGUAUUUUAUCCUGAUGGAUUUUCUGACAGUACAUUUUUAUCUGGCUAUUUUUCAAGUGUGUUUAUAACAGAGCUGUCUUUUUUCCAACAAUUGUAAUAUUGUAGAGAUUUCUAUAGAAAAUACUUGAAAUCAGUAUUUAAGCUUUACUUAUUCGUGUAUGGGAAAAUAGCAAAUAUUUACUGUAUCACAUGUUACAAUGUUUAUAUCAAGGCUUGUGUAUAUAUUUAUAUACUUUUACAAAAAAAAAAGGUGAAUUAUCAAAUAUCUAAACUUCUAACUGCUGAAGCAUUUCCCCGGUGUAAAUAAAAAGUCACUUUUUAAAAUA